CUCCACUCUUCUCUAUAAAUGGAUUACGAUCUUAUCUUCUUUCGUAAUCAGAAUCGCACAAAGAUGGCCAUCUACCUGUGUUUUCUUUUCAUUCUCUUCUCCUCUGCAACUGCUUGCGACAGAUGCGUUCAUCAAUCCAAAGCGACUUAUUUCUCCUCCUCUGCUCCUCUUUCCUCUGGCAGUUGUGGGUAUAGCUCCUUGGCCUUGGGCUUUAAUGGUGGACACCUUGCUGCUGCUGUUUCUUCGAUUUAUAGAGAUGGAGUUGGCUGUGGAAGUUGCUUUCAGAUAAGGUGCAAGAACCAGAACCUGUGUAGCAGAGAAGGGACUAAAGUUAUUUUAACUGAUCUUAAUAAGAAGAAUAACCAAACAGAUUUCGUUCUCAGUGGGAGAGCAUUCAUGGCUAUGGCCCGCAAGGGAAUGGCAAAAGACAUUUUGAAGCUUGUAAAUGUCCCCGUGGAAUACAAACGGAUACCCUGUGAUUAUAAAAACCAAAAUCUAUCUGUACGAGUGGAAGAGACAAGCCAAAAACCACACUACUUAGCAAUCAAGUUUCUGUACCAAGGUGGGCAAACGGACAUUAUGGGCGUGGAUGUAGCUCAGGUUGGUUCUUCAAGUUGGAAUUUCAUGAGCAGGAAAUAUGGAGCGGUGUGGGACACAAGUAGGGUUCCGGCAGGAUCGUUGCAGUUCCGGUUGGUGGUGACGGGAGGGUAUGAUGGGAAGUGGGUGUGGGCAACUAAAGUCCUUCCGGCUGAUUGGAAGGUUGGAGUUAUAUACGAUACUGGUGUUCAGAUCAGUGAUAUAGCCCAAGAAGGUUGUUCCACUUGCGAUGAUAAGGAUUGGAAGUAAACAUUGAAAAU